GGGGCCGAUCCGGAUCGAUCGGAUCCGCCUCCAUCGGAUCGAUCGGCCCCCGCCGGAUCGAUCGGCCCCCCGCGGGAUGGCGGGAGAGGAGGAGCGGCGGCUGCGGAGCGUGUGCGAGGAGCUGGACCGGCUCUUGUUACGGUUGCUGGGGCAACUGGAGGACCUCCAAGCCAAGAGGGCUGCCUUCAACGGGCUGGUCGAGCAGGGCUGGUUCUCCCUCUCUAAGGCCCGUUAUGCCCUGGGCAACAAGUCAGUCUCCACUCUGCAGUAUGGACAUCAGAUGACCCCGCUUGUCCGUGUCAGCACCGGUGUCACCGAGGAUGGAGAGCAGGAGUUCCAGGUGGUGACCAGAUCCUCUCCUAGUCCAGAGCCCCCGAGGAUUGACCCUCCUGCUCCAGAGGAAAUUGGGCCCCAGGAGCAAGCUCUGCGUCGGCGCAAGGGGCGACCGGAGGGAACGGCCCCUCCUGCGGCCACAACCCCCCCAUCUAGUCCGAAGGCUCCCGGGCCCCAGGAGUCCAGGAAGUCUGCUCCCUGCCAGGACCCUCUGACCUGGUUUGGGAUUCUGGUACCUCAGAGUCUGCGCCAGGCUCAGAGCAGCUUCAGGGAAGGAAUCCUGCUGGCCGGGGAGAUCGCCACCCUGCAGAACAGCAUCGAGAAGGGCCGAGCCCGCAUCCGCACCCUACACCAGGAGAAGAAGCAGUUGCGGGGCGCGCUGACAUCUAAAAGCCCCUGAAAACUUUGCCAGAGGAUCCGGGAGGCGGGGAAGGGGCCAGACUGGGAACUCUGUACGGCCUGAGCCUCCCGAGCCAUCCCUCCCACCUCACUAAACACAGAUAAUAACAAUAAUAAUAAUAAUAAUAAUGAUGGCAUUUGUUAAGCUUUACUAUGUGCAAAGCACUGUUCUACAGAUGUUCCCUGAAUCCUGCCUGCCUGUACCUGACUCAGCUCGCCGGCCGGCCUGGGUAUAAGGGGAGCUGGGGGCCCUUAGGUAAAGGAGGAAGCCUCAGUUCUGGCCCUUGUUCGCACAGUUUCAGCCUUCCUUCCUUCCUUCUUUCCCCCUGACAGGAAGUAUCGCCACCAUCUCGCCCCUCCCACUUCUCACCUGACGGAAUAAUAAUAAUGAUGGUAUUUGUUAAGUGCUUACUCUGUGCAAAGCACUGUUCUAAGUGCUGG